AUCUCGCGAAAACAACACUACAUAAAUACAGCUGCUGUCGCCUCACACUUUCAUCAGUCAGCUCAUUACAGUUUGGAAGAACUGAAACUAUCGGUUUUGUUUUAGCAGACAUGGCAGCAGCUGCAGUUAUCUCUAACCAGAGUGUGGUGGACAGGGUGACCAGCCUCCCUCUGGUGAUCUCCACCUACGGCCUGGUGUCCAGCGUGUACUCCAACACCAAGGACACACACCCUUACUUAAAGAGUGUGUGUGAGGCGGCGGAGCAGGGAGUGCGCACCAUCACCUCUGUGGCUUUCACCACCGCUUCACCCAUCAUCGACAAGCUGGAGCCGCAGAUUGCCAUUGCCAAUGACCUGGCCUGCAAAGGUUUGGAUAAAAUCGAGAAGACGUUGCCGAUUCUUCACCAGCCAUCUGAGCAGCUGGGCCAGAUGAAGGGCCCCCUGGACAACGUGAUGGACCACCUGGUCAACAACACGCCGCUCAACUGGCUGGUCGGGCCCUUCUACUCCCGCAUGGCCCUGGAGCCCCCUCACACACCGGCUUCACGCGCCUCGUCCUCCAGCUCUGCCUACGCCCAAUCACAGCGACAGGAGCCCAUGGAGAUUGUCUCCAGUGCCAAGGAUGUGGUAACCACGGCUACAGGGGCGGUGACGGAGCGAGUGUCCGGGGCCAAGGACUCCGUGUCGGGCACUCUGAGCAGUGUGCGGGGCGCGGUGUAUGAUGGGAUGGAUAAGACUCGUGCUGCGGUCAGUGGGAGUGUGAGCACGGUGCUGGUGAACACAGUGGCCCGGAUGGUGAGCAUCGGCGUGGGCUCCGCCCUCAGCACGUCUGAGAGCCUGGUGGAGCAGUACCUGCCUCUGACGGAGGACGAGCUGGAGCUGGAGGCAGAAACUGCGACAGGAUUUGACCGGGAGGAGGCGAGCUACUACGUCCGCCUGGGCUCCCUCUCCACCAAACUCCGGAAGAGAGCGUACACCAGAGCCAUGGCCAAGAUCAGAGACCGCAAGCAGCGCAGCGUGCAGUUCAUCUCCGAGCUCAACUCCACCGUCGACCUGAUCGAAUAUGGCAGGAGGAAUAUUGACGGGGCUAACCAGAUGGUGAACAACAAGCUGAACUCUCAGUCUGUGUUGAAGUCCAACGGUCCAAACCAGCACAACGGUUACGAGGCAGAGGCGAUCGAGUCCCGCACCCUGACGCUGGCCCGCUCCCUCACCCAGCAGCUCCAGACCACCUGCCUGGGCCUGGUCUCCGGCCUGCAGGGUCUCCCCCUCCACAUCCAGCAGGAGGCGCUGUCCCUGAGCUGCUCCGCCUCCCAGGUGUACAGCAGCUUCAGUGCAGCCUCCACCCUGAGGGAGCUGCCUGACAGCGUGCUGAGCACCAGCAGGGUGCAGCUGGGCCGGAUGAAGGACUCCCUGGACAAGGUGAUGGACUACCUGGUCAACAACACGCCGCUCAACUGGCUGGUCGGGCCCUUCUACUCCCGCAUGGCCCCGGAGCCCCCUCACACACCGGCUUCAAGCGCCUCGUCCUCCAGCUCUGCCUACGCCCAAUCACAGCGACAGAAGCCCAUGGAGGUGGAGAUGGAGUCGCUGCAGUCCCAUCAGCGAUAGGAAUGCAUUCCAGUUUUAAGUAGCAUAUUUUGCUUUUUAGGCAAAGAUUGAACUCUCUUAAAUUCCAUGUCAAUGCUAUUUUAUACUUUUUUUAAAUGUGUAAUUAUUGUUAAAAUUGCAUUUUAUUUGCUCCCCAAUCUGGUGCUUUCUACAUAAACUUACUGGAAUUAAUAUUACAAUGAGCUUGUUUCCCCUCACAAUAAACAUCUGAAUUUGCUUUUGUUUCCCUAGUCUAGCUUUGAAAUUCAGACAAAGUAAUGGCUAAUAUUUACCUAUUCAUUAAAUACACACGGCAAGAUCUCAAGUUUUUUUACACAAUUAUCCACAAUAAAAAUCCUAAUCAUG